GUAUCCCUCCGAAAUUCAAGAUGAAUAAAAGUGGAGAAGAAACACAAUGAACAAUUUUUCGUGUCUGUUUUUUUCCAUUUGAUUCAGAUAACCACACAGGAGUUUUUCAGACGAGGUUCCUCAUUCACUUUAUUUAUUCGAUUCAGAUUAAUCCAUUAAUCCACGAGAUGUUCUUUGUUCACACGAUUUAUUUAUUCUCGUCGCAUGACGAUAGAUAUCUCCCCACAAUGCGAACAAAACUGAUACUCGAAUUGCACGAAAUCAGUAGAAUGCUUUUAAAAUGAUUGGAAAUAUUGGAAAAAAUUAAAAUAAAUUUUCAUCAAUGUGUUAUCAAUGCGCUGUCUUGGCCGAGUGGCUUUUAACCAGAUAACGAUAUGCCUGGGGAUAACAACAGCCGUAAGGACUCAGUUCAAAUACACUUCAACAUCGAGACAGUGACGAUUAAUUGCACAAAGAAUUUUUACCAGUUGAUUAGGUGAAAUUGAAUGAGUGGGUUAUCGAUAGUGAUAUUUGCAAUGGAUGAAUGACAGUUCACGCUGCAAUAAUCAUGAGAUGUAAGACUGUAACACCCGAAGCUAUUCCCCUAUUGCCAAAGAGGACUUAUUCAACGAAAAUGAUUUUGUCAUCAGUCCCAAGCAAACGAGGCAUAAGAGUGCAGCAGCGAUGGGUAUUCGCAAUAAUGGGCUUCCUGGCGUUGUUCAAUGCUUACACAAUGCGCGUGUGUCUAUCCAUAACGAUAACCGAAAUGACAGUUCCCAUAAAUUCAUCCCACAACUACGACAACACGUGUCCCGAUGAUCGUGUCAAAGAGAAUUCAACCAAAGUGAAUUCAACGAGUAAAAUAUACGACUGGGAUGAGCCAACCCAGGGGAUAAUCCUGUCGUCCUUCUACUGGGGCUACGUCCUGACACAUCUCCCCGGUGGAAUGCUGGCAGAGAAAUUCGGUGGAAAGUACUCUCUAGGUCUCGGUAUCCUCUCAACAGCUCUAUUCACGCUGUUUACACCACUAGCUGUUGAAAUGGGUGGUUCAACAGCUCUGAUUGUCCUGAGAAUUCUGAUGGGUCUUGGUGAGGGUACGACAUUUCCAGCGCUGAAUGCAAUGCUUGCCCAGUGGACACCACCAGAGGAGCGUUCCAAGAUCGGUUCCAUGGUGUUCGCAGGUGCACAAUUGGGAACAGUUUUCACGUCAAUCCUCUCAGGUUUGAUUCUUCAUUAUUCAGAAAUGGGUUGGCCAGCAGUGUUUUACGUAUUUGGAGCGAUCGGUGUUCUCUGGUUCAUCAUCUGGACACUCAUAUGCUAUAACAAUCCAAAUGAGCAUCCCUUCAUCUCCGAGGCUGAAAAGAAAUUUCUUCAUGAACGAAUGAGUGAACACACCCAUCAGAAACCACCACCUGUACCCUGGCGUUACAUGUUCACAUCAGCACCAGUUUGGGCACUGAUAAUGGCGCAGAUUGGACACGACUGGGGAUUCUUCACGAUGGUUACCGAUUUACCCAAGUACAUGAGCAGUGUUCUUGGAUUUUCCAUUAAGAGCAAUGGAUAUCUGUCGUCCUUGCCCUAUCUCUGCAUGUGGUUCUGCAGUAUAUUUAGCUCGUGGCUCGCUGAUUGGUUGAUAACAGCUGGACAUUUGUCCAGAACGAAUGUGAGAAAGUUGGGGACAACUAUUGCAUCGGUGGGACCUGGAAUCUUCAUCGUUGGGGCCAGUUACGUUGGAUGCAACAGCUUCACUGUUGUUGCCAUGUUCACUAUUGGAAUGACUCUUAUGGGGACUUUUUAUCCUGGUAUGAAGGUCAAUGCUCUUGAUUUGUGCCCUAAUUACUCUGGCAGUCUUAUGGCUGUUGUUAAUGGAAUUGGUGCACUAACUGGUAUCGUAACUCCGAUUAUUGUUGGAGAAUUGGCACCUCAGAGCACCAAUGAUCAGUGGAGGCUUGUCUUUUGGAUUGUCUUGGGUGUCUUUCUCUUUACCAAUGCUAUCUUCAUUGCUUAUGCCAGUGGAGAUGUACAGUACUGGAAUGAUCCCGAGUUUGUGAUGAAUCUGAAGAGCGGGGAGAAGGGAAAGAGGGAGCUCAAGGAACGGAAUAAUCACUGCUGAUUAAUUAUUUUAGAUUAAUUCGACUCUGGGAGAGGAUGAGAUGAGAGUGACGAGUGCAGGUUUCGGGUCGUUCAGUGCAGAGGCUCGUGAGAAAAAUUGGUGAGAAAAAUGGUGAUAGGGAUUGUGAUAAUAAUUUUUUUAUCUUGAAUGGGUUUUGUUGGGUUUUUUUAGGAAUUUUGCGGAAUGUCAUAGCUCAGGCAUUUCAACUUUAGGAUCGGUUGGCCUUGAAUCUCUUCUAAGUUGAGAGAGAUAGAGAUUUUUUUUUGUAAAAGUUAGGGCAAUCUUUUUUUUAUCAAAGCUGUCCAUCGAAAUUUUUAUAAAUAUAGUAGUAGUUUUUUGCUUGUUCAGAAAUUAUGGAGUAAGUCUCGGCUAUUUUUUUUCAUGGGUUUCCAGAGAUAAGGAGAAGUUGAAAAUUGAGAUAAAACUUUUAAAAGCAAGAUUUCACAUAUUAUUUUCUCCGCAAUAAAGUUGUCAAUCCCAAAAUCGUAUAGCACUCGUCAUAUUUCAAUUGAAGAUUCAACCGAUAUUCGGUAAAAUAGAAUAAUGAGAGAAACAAAUUAUCUUGUUCUUUUACUGGAACUGAACUACUCAUUUAAUCUAGCAUUGUUUGCAUAUUGACUGCGUCGAAUGCUGUGGCAUUCUAGCUAUAGGAUCCAAAAAAUUGUACAUAAUUUUCCAACCGUUGUAUUAUCAGUCAUAAUUUUUCUAAUCUAAUAUUUAUGAUCUCCGUUUUUGAUUAGCCUUUAGUAUUUGAUUACGCUAUUCUCAAAUGUCUCAAGAGCUUUCGAUAUUUGCGAUUAACCGAGCAUUCUUUCUGAUUAUUUUAAGUCGACUGUAACUGAUAGUCAUCGGGACUUUAUCGGUUUAUGGCAGUAGCUCAUCCCCAGGAUUCACCGAGUAAAUAAUAAUAUUGGCAUUUUUCCAUUGUAUCGAGAUGGAUCAAUGGAUUAACACCUUCAUGACAAUUUACACGGGAAAAUGGUGGGAAAAUAUCUGAUAAAGUAGUCGCUGUUAAGAGUAUAUUGGCUAUCCGAAAAAUAGCGUAAUGACUCGUAAUGACAUUUGUAAAAACGACGAUAAAUAUUGUGCGUUGUCAUGACUAAAUUAGGUGAGCUCGAUGCGCUGAUCAGAAACAAUCAGAAGUCAUAAAAUAACUUCUGAUGAUUCUUCAUGGAUAUUUUAUCUUAUCGUCAUAUGAUUUUGCGGUACCUCGCUUUUGAGGAGAUUUUAUCUCCAUUUCAAGAGGACAACCGGGAAAAAUGGAAUUUCCGACCUUGGGCCAUUGCUCUCAAUCCAUUGGCUCUCACUAUCUAAUUUUUUAUUGUUAAUAAUAGUGAUUGCUCCAUAGCUAGAGCUCGCUGAGUGAUUUUUUUUUUUCACUCAUACCCUUGGAGUAUCGAUUACUGUUUUUGCUAACAAUCAAUUUGUUAAACUCUGGUCCUCUGGAUUUAAUUGUUUAUAAUGGAUUUUCCGCAUUUCGAAUAUUUUCUCAGGCCUUGAUGAGCUGGUGCUUGAGUCGUUGGCCUUCAUGAGCUGUUGACUUGGCAAAAUUUAUGAAAAAAAAAUGUCGCGCAAUUUAGCCAUCACUUGACAUACAUUGAUUGAUUGAUUUUUAUCUUGAUUUUUUUAUUUUUAUUCGGAAUUGAGGGGAGAGCGAUUAUUAACGGGAAGACAAAGAGUGGAAUGCGAAUGAGAUGAAUGAUAAAUAUCUGCGAUUAUUGGUAAUGAUAAGGUCUUGAUUGAUUCAGUAUACAUUUUAUUGAUUCAUUCAUUCAUUUUUAAAAGUCCAUUGUUACAAAAUUAUACUCGAAUUUUUUAACAAAAAAUAGUCGUAACAAUAAUUAUUUCCAUGGAAAUUAAAGCUAAUUGGGAAAACCAAAUGCAUCUGGUCCGUAAAUUGCAAAAAAAUUUAUUACUAUAUGAAAAAAUAUAUAUAUAUCGAAGAAUAUAUAAUAUAAGAAUAUAUAUAAGUUUAGUGUAUAUUUUAGAGUACAUUCUGUAUAUAUUUUGGAAUAUAUGAAAUUGGCUCAUCUUGUAUAUUUUCUGAAAUAUAUUUGUCGAUGGAGCCUAGUUUCGAAGAAUUUAUUCACAUUUAAUUAUUGUAUAAAAAAUGUGUUUCCAAUAUUUGUAUAAUAUAUUUCUCAUUGUUUUCUUCCGACCAUGUAUUUUGCAAUAUG